AUGAUGGAGGGACCACGAUCAGGUCGUAGUCUCAUCUUCCUAGCGUUGUUCUGCUGCCUUGGACCGUACCUUACACCAGCCGUGCAGUCCAAGAAACAGUCAACUUGUGAUCGUACAUACGCCAGUGAUGUAAAGUGUGGCAUGAUAGUGCUCCAUCCAUCGUCCCUACCGAAACACUCGGCGGAAGCGGUCCGUGGAGAGUUCCCCUGGCAUGUGGCCAUCUCGCAACUGGAACAACGUGUUCCGGUUUACAGCUGCGGAGGAUCGUUGGUGAGAGAUCGAUUCGUGAUCACAGCGGCCCACUGCGUCAUCAACGCCAACAAUGGCUAUCCGCGUUCAAAGGAUAGCUUCCUUGUACAACUAGGACAUCAUGAGUUGGGCGUUGCUGAGGAAGGUUGCAGCCAAACGGUAGGUGUCCAGACGGUCUAUGUACAUCCGGAGUAUCGCAGUGGAGUUCAACGGCAUGAUCUGGCGAUACUGGAGUUGGAACGACCCGUUCGCUUCAACGAUCGUGUCCUCCCGAUUUGUCUCGACAAUGACGAUGAGGAUCAAUCUGGAGCGUUCUAUCGGAACGUAGGAAAAGUACCCGGGUGGGGUUACACCGAGUUCGAUGACGUCUCAAGCUGGCUGCGUAUGACCGAGGUUCCGAUCGUCAACUACACCCGAUGUCUGUCGAACAACCCGGACGGAUUCUAUCACUCCAUUCACGAUGGAAUGUUUUGUGGUGGUUAUGCCAACGGGACUAACGUCUGUAACGGUGACUCGGGCGGUGGACUCGUCACGUACCGCAACGGACACUGGGAGCUACAGGGUAUCGUAUCGUUCACUGCCCUCCGGGAGGACAUGGACAAAGUUCUUUGUGACACGCAACAGUAUGCCGGCUUCGUGAAGGUACGCUACUACAAAGCUUGGAUAGGAAGUAUUAUCUCCGGCGAUUGGGAAUGGAUAGGCAAUGAUGAAAACGAACGAGAACAUACAUCUCCGAAAACAGCUGAAGCGUUGAAGGUAGUGCCCGAUUGUGGUAAAAGACAGAUCACCACGGUACCACUGAUCGUUAACGGUGUUAGAAGCCUUGCAGGUCAAUGGCCCUGGCAUGCGGCCAUAUUUGGCGUAUCCAAGCGAUCCCGUGAAUACUUGUGCGGUGGAACACUAGUGAGUCCUAGCUAUAUCCUAACCUCAGCUAGCUGCGUGACCGAUUGGCACCCACGGAAGCGUCCAUUUGUUGUGCAACUUGGUCAGAACCAGCUGUUCGAAAGCUCCAUCACAGGCCGGGAGGUACGAGUUCUUGAGGUGGAAACGAGUGAUGAUAGCUCAAUGGCUCUGUUACGGCUGGAGGCGGACGUGCAGUACGAUGACUACAUACAGCCCAUCUGCCUGCCUACACCCAACGACACAGAUAGCUCGGCUGAGACGGGGACAAACGAAGGCAAAGAUGGGUUGAUUGUCGGGUACGGGCAGACCGAUCCAACCGGGGAUCUUUCACCAUUUCUUCAGGCCACUCUGAUGCCGAUAGUUGACAGUGGUCUCUGCAUGGUUUACCGCAUCUUUGAUAAAAAGGAAGCGCACAAAAUGUUCUGCGCCGGCCAUGGAAAUGGUACGAACGCGUGUAAGGGUGAUGAAGGUGGUGGAUUCUACGAAGAAAAUCGGCAUGGUGCUUGGACCAUCACGGGCGUCAUCGGAAAGAUCAAUCUCUACCGAAAGCAGUGUGACCCGUACGGAUACGUCGGACUAGCUGAUGUCGUUCACUACCUCGAGUGGAUAAUGGAUCGAAUUCGAAGUGCCCUGUCGCUCCCGAGUAGAGUGCCCCCAGAUACAUCGCAUUCUAAGAGACCCCCAAAAGGAUGUCGGCGGAAGCAUCAUCGACACCAUCACCAUCGGGAACAGGAGCAUCAGCAUCGCCAGCAGCAUCGGCGCACUAAUGGUUCCGGAUCGAAGGAGAGCGGCUCCAAUGAGGACAGUAACGAACAUACGGAUCCUUCGAUUACAUCGGCGGUGAAGAAUGUUAUGCAGGCAAAGGUCGACCUGGUGAAAGAUAUCCACACUGACCCGCUAUCAGUCAUGAAAAUGGAAGUGCCGCGAUCAGGUCGUACACUGAAGAUACUCUGUCUAGCGUUGGUUUGUGUUGGCCCAUACUUUACUCCACUCGUGCGAUCAGAGAACCAGUCAGAUUGUGAUCGCACAUACCCCAGUGAUGUACAGUGUGGACUACCACUUGUCGGUCCAUUGAACGCAACCUUCUUGCCGAAACACUCGGCGGAAGCGGUUCGUGGAGAGUUUCCUUGGCAUGUGGCCAUCUUCCAAAAAGAGUACAGUAGCCCGGUAUACGCUUGCGGAGGAUCGUUGGUGAGCGAUCGAUUCGUGAUCACAGCGGCCCACUGCGUCGUCAAUUCAAACACCGGCUAUCCACUAUCAAAGGACAGGUUCUUCCUGGAGUUAGGAUACCACGAGCUGGGUGUGCCUAAGGAAGGUUGCACUCAGGAUCUACGUGUGAAAAACGUGCACAUGCAUCCGCAAUUUCGCAGCGGUUUUCAACGGCAUGAUCUAGCGAUACUGGAGUUGGAACGACCCGUUCGCUUCAACGAUCGCGUCCUCCCGAUUUGCCUCGACGAUGACGAUGAAGAUCAAACUGGGGCGUUCUAUCGGAACGUAGGAAAAGUACCCGGGUGGGGCUACACCGAGUUCGAUUCCGUCUCGAGCUCGCUGCGUAUGACCGAGGUUCCGAUCACCAACUACACCCGGUGUCUAAACAACAACCAAGGAGGUUUUGCCCACAUCAUUUAUGAUGGAAUGUUUUGUGGUGGUUAUGCCAACGGAACAAACGUCUGCAACGGUGACUCGGGCGGUGGACUCGUCACGUAUCGCAACAAACGCUGGGAACUACAGGGUAUCGUUUCGUUCACUGUCCUUCGAGAAGUCAAGGGCAAAUUUUUGUGCGAUACGCAACAUUAUGCGGGUUUUGUAAAGGUACGCUACUACAAAGCUUGGAUAAGCACAAUACUCACCGCUGAAAUUGAACCGAUGACAAACAAGGAAACAGAAGAAGGAACGAUCCCGAAAACGACAACAUCGUCGAAGCUUCCGACCGAUUGUGGUAAACGACGUAUCACCACAGUGUCAGCGAUCGUUAACGGUGUUCGUAGUCUCGCGGGACAAUGGCCCUGGCAUGUGGCCAUAUUCGGUGUUUCCGAGCGAUUCCGGAAAUACUUAUGCGGUGGAACACUAGUGAGUGCUAACAAUAUCCUAACCGCAGUCAGUUGUGUCACCGAUUGGCACCCCCAAAACCGUCCGUUCAUCGUACAACUUGGCCAAGCUCAGCUGUUCCAAAGCUCUAUCACAGGCCGGGAAGUACGAGUCCUCAACGUGGAAAAGAGCGACGAUAGCACCAUGGCUCUGUUAAAGCUGGAGGUGGACGUUCAGUACGAUGACUACAUACAGCCGAUCUGUCUGCCUGCCACGGCUCAUGUCGACGGCUCCGACUUAGUUGGGACCCGUAUCGGUACAGAUGGAGUGAUUGCCGGCUACGGUGAGACAGAGCCCGAAGGAUCAGAACCAGACUACCUUCAGUCCACAACAAUGCCCAUCGUCGACAGUAAGAUAUGCGUUAUGCAUGGCAUCUUCGACGAAGGUAGUGUAGGCAAGAAGUUUUGCGUGGGUCAUAGAAAUGGUUCGGGCGCAUGUACCGGCGAUGAAGGAGGUGGAUUCUAUGUGGUGAACGAGCAAGGCGUAUGGACCAUCAGGGGCGUCAUUGGCAACAUCAAACUCGAUGGUAAACGAUGCGAUCCAACGGGAUACAUCGGUCUGGCCGAUGUGCCGUUCUACAACGAGUGGCUAACGAAUCGCGUCGAAGGGCCCGAGGACAAAGGGCGCUACAAUAAGGAGUAA